AUGUCCGGAUUCGAAAGAGAGGGUCUUGUCUCGGUUCCUUCCGACCAGAAGCUUCGGUCGGAAGCCCAGUGGAGAGUCUGGAUAGGACAUAUUCGGUCAGCAGCAAAUUCGGAAGGAAUAUGGGACUAUAUCGAUCCCGAUAGACCUGGAGAUGAGAUCUUGGAGAUCCCUACUGCCCGUUCAGAGCCGGAAAUCCCAAAAGAUAACCGCGGACGACCGAAAGAUCUUGAAGACCUAUCCGAAGACGAAAUCCGACUGUGGGAAUUAAAAGUGAGGAUCCAUGAAAGAUCCGAAGCGAAACGUACGAAGCUCCUAAAGACGAUGACGCGCCUAAACAGUCUUGUUACACGAUCAUUAGCCACUGAGCAUCACUAUUUGAUUGUAGACGAAGACUCACCGAGGGGAAAGCUUAUGAAACUAGCCGAAAUGUUUCGCCCGAAGCCAGAAAGCCGUCAACAAGAACUUCGACGUGCGUGGAGAGCGAUGAUUCAAUCGCCUAAUCAAUCAGUUAAUAUCGAUCAGUGGAUUACGCGGUGGGAUUCCUUGUUCGAAGAAGGAAAAGUCGCGAAGAUUCCCGAUUGCUCAUUUGGAGACGCGUUCGCUAUUAGAGAUUUCCUUGAUGCCGUACAGAAUAUCGAUGACACGUUCUGUGUAGGCUGGAAACGAGAGUUAGGCAGGCGCCCAUAUAAGAUCGGAUUCCACGAAGUAACGGCAGACUAUCGACGCCGCCGUAUGGAUUUAUCUGCGAUACCCCAGAGAUCAAUGUCGAAUAUGACGAAAACGCCUGUCAAACACGAUGCCCAUGUGGGAGUGGCAAUCACCACUAUCGCCAGUGCUUCUAUAUCAACAGAGAGUUGA